AUGUUGACAGCAAUCGGUCGCGCAGCGGCCCAGCGCCUGGUCAUUCGCGCCGCGCCAUUGACCGCCUCCCGAGCCGUCCCACGCGUCGCAUGCCGGGCCUUCUCGACCACCAAGUCGGCGCAUCUCCCAGCCAAAGCUGCCGCCGCCUCGUCCACCAAGACGAAGGCUAAGAAGACGACGACGACAGCCGCGAAGAAGAAGCCCGUUGCGAAGAAACCGGCAGCGAAGAAGCCCGCGGCCAAGACGAAGAAGGUUGCUGCGAAGAAGCCCGCGAAGACUAAGACGGGCCAGGGUCGCGGUCGCCCCCGCAGAGCCCCGACACCCGAGGAGAAGCUUAAGGUCCUGAAGAAGGAGUUGAAGCAGGUCGCUCUGCUUGCCAGCGAACCCUCAAACAAGGUCACGUCCGCAUGGAUGGUGUAUCAGACAGAGAGGUUGAGGGCGGAGACAAUUGCCAGGGAAGCAUUUGGGGAUCGGAUUACAGCUUUUGCGGAAGAUUUUAAGAACCUUUCUACUCACGAGCUCCAGCGCCUCCAAGAGACGGCCGAGGCGAACAAGCUCAAGAACAACGCCGCGUACAAAGCUUGGGUUGAAUCCCACACGCCGCUGGAAAUCAACAAUGCCAACAACGCGCGUAAGCGCCUUCGCGCAUUGAGCCCCAAGGAGGAUGGAAAGCGCCAGGUCAAACCGAGAUCAAUUGUUGACGAGCGCUUGCCCAACCGCCCAACGUCAGCCUUCUUGUUCUUUGUCAAGGCGCGUUGGGCCCAAGGUGACCUUCCCUCGGCGAUCGGACCGGCGACCAAGGCUAUUGGUGAAGAGUGGAACAACCUCACAGAGGCCGAGAAGGCCCCGUACCUGGCGUUGGCAAAAUCCGACAUGGAACGAUAUGAGCGAGACGUCAGCAACGUCCUGGGACGUGAGGUCGAACAUCGCACUCGCACUUGA